GGUCGUUAUCACGGCGACCUCGAGGACGAGCCGAGACGCCGCGAGGUCGCCGCCACCUGCGCGCCUCUCGCCGUCCCCUCCCCACCCCUCUUCGUCCUCGUCCUCUGAUCUGUUCAUCGUCAGCUCGGUUUUCUUGCAACGGUCCGGCGUCGAGUCCCACGUGCGGAAUCGUUGAUAACGGUCGGAGUAUGAUAACGCGGACCGGUGUAGCGUAGAGGAGACUCGGGCCGGGACGGAGGAUGGGCGUACUCAUGGAGGCCGGGGAAGAGGAUUCGGUCGCCGGGGAGACGCGGAGGAGGCGGUCCGGACCGGGGCCGGCUCGCGGCCGGGUCGGAGAGGACAGGCUCGCGAGACCGCCUAAGAAGAAGUGGAUCGAGGAGUAUCUAGAGGAGGAGCCCGAGACGCCGUUGUCGUUGAGACUCACCGGGGUAUCCGUGAGGCCCUUGACGCCGCCUGCCCCCGCCCCCGCUCCCGUUGCCGCCGCUGCAGCCGCCCGCCCCGCACCACCGGCACCCCCCGCCCCCGCCGCCGCCGCGCCGCCCGCCCCGGCGCCCCCGGAGCCGGCAGCCGCCGCCCCCGCGCCCCUCGCCUUCCCGCCUCACCCGGCGCCCCUCGACUUCGUACAGGAACAUUCCAGGCCGCGACACACGAACGGUCACGGACCGCCGCAGAUCCCUUCCCCUCCGUCAGUGAGCAAUACCGCCGCCGGCGGGGGCGGGGGCGGGGGCGGGAGCAGUGUCCCUCGCGCCGGCACCAGGGAGGUCCACAACAAGCUCGAGAAGAACCGUCGAGCUCAUCUCAAAGAGUGUUUUGAGCUGCUGAAGAGACAGCUGCCGGCCGCCGGCGACGACAAGAAAACAUCCAACCUCUCCAUCCUGGGCUCGGCCAUCAGAUACAUACAGGUGCUGCGGCGGAAGGAGCGCGAAUGUGAGCACGAGAUGGAGAGGCUGGCGCGGGAGAAGAUCGCCGCCCAGCAACGACUGGCCGCGCUGAGGAGAGACGCCGCGGUCCGGGGGCGGCGGCUCGCGGCCCCGGACGAGGAGCUCGUGAACGGACAGUUGCUGGGGAUGCCACUGAACGCGGCGCCACCGCCCCCGCCCGCCGCCCCGGCCUCCUCGCGUGCUGAGUCUCCGCUGCGCUCCCUGAACCUGAGCACCAAACUGCGCCCGCUGCCCAUACAGAUCACACCGACCACCUCCGCACAAGUAAGUGUGGAGGAGCCUGGUGUUACGUCCACACUGAACAGUUUGGUGCGACCAGCUCAGAUACACCUGCCGCUGUCACAGGUGGUGGCGGGCGGAGGGCUGGUGGUAGGCCCCGCGUUGCAGUUACUGCCGGCCGGUCUACGUGUGCUGCAUAAUGGUGUAACAACGGAUAGCAAUAAAAUGACUAAGGAGAACGGCAUCGUGACGCGGCCACCGACAUCAUCAGAUGGUGUUCUGGUCAGCGGUCUCGGGCCGCUGGUGAUGUCACCGCCGCACACGCACACACACACGCACGUGUUGCACACGCACACGCUCACACACAAGGUGGUGGAAGGCGGAGUGCCAUUGGCCGUGAGCGCCCAGUACCUGUCCACUGCCAUCGUGAAGCCGGUGGUGGUGGUGUCCAGCCACGAGCCUCGCCGCACGUGACAGGAACACACAGACAGACAUACAUACAGAUAUACAUACAGAAGAUAUCACCCUAAGACUAUUUUAAUACAUUAUUAUAUUAAUGUUUCAAUGUCUAUCGCUGGAUAGUUUUUAAUGUAUUGUAAUAUAUUAUAUAUAUAUACUUAUGUAUGUAUACAUAUACGUAUGUAUGUAUAUAUAUAUGUAUAAAUAUAUAAAACUAAAUGUAAUUUCCAGUCAGUACGUUCAUUCAAUGCGAGUAUCGACCGACAUGUGUUAGUGUGUGUGUUUGUGUGUGUGAUUGCGAGCGUGUGUGUAUGCGAGUGUAUGUAUGUGUGUGUGUCUCAUUGUUACGGCUGUGCGUUAACUUGUUAGAUGGUUGUCGCGAACUUGUGUUCACUGCCUAAUGUAUGAAGCAAUAAUCGUGGUUCGGACAUUGUUGACGAGUGUCUAGCGUCCUAGUGUCUAGUGUCUAGUGUCUAGUGUCUUACUAAUGUCCAGUGAGUAACAACCGGCUGCCUAUAUUGUCCGAACAAACACACAUCACGACAAGACACUAGCGAGCAUAUAUAUACAAUACAAAUGGUAAUGUUAGUGUCGGAGUUAGAAGUGUAUGUUUGGUAAUAAGGUUAUCAAACCAUUGUCUGUUGUUCUUGAUCGGAGCGACUGGAACAGGGAGCAAAUAUUAUAUAUGAAUGUAGACUAUACCGCUGCUGAUGUAUACACGUCCUCUAGAACCAGCCCACACCCUGCCCACACCCGGCCUACACCCAGCCCACACCCAGCUCACACCCAGCUCCGUGUAAAGUACUCGUUAUGUACAGACAAACAGGAUAGAGUUUAUUUUUUUUAUAUACAUAUAUAUAUCUGUGAUGUGCGUGUUGUCAAUUCGUGAUGUAGGAUAUGCGAGGCGUGUGUGUGUGUGUGUGUGUGUGUGUGUGCGCGUGUGUGUGAGGCGUGAGACCGCCGUCGCCGACCGGUUCUGCACGAGCAUAUUAUUUUACGCAUAACUUUAGUUAAUUUUUAUUAAGCACAAGUGACAUGUUAACAUAUUUAUAUAUUUAUAGUGAUGUAUCAUAUAUGUACAUACAGCGGCGCUUUGAAUGGUGCCGAGACGGAGACGGAGACGGGGACACUUCAACCGAGACGAUCUUCCAAGCUGGAGGGACUCGUUACGCGAUGUUUAUUUUUAUGGAUAGUGAUUCAUUGCUUGUUGUUCGUUCGAAAGAUCACGAGUCGUAGCUUGUUUACUGACAGUUCCAAUACACAACGCUUCUUCUGCAUCAAUUCUUCUUCGCCUGGAUAUUCCGUCGGGCGUUCUCUUCUCUUGUCGAGGUGAACUUGUGUCGGUCCCCGUCUUUUUGUAAUGAGCGGUGAUAAGUUUUUGUAUUCGAAGGAAGGCUAGUGACAAUAAAUCGUAGAUUUACACUAGUGCUGGACACGCUAGUGCUUCUCCCGACUCGAUAUAUUGUUUGUGAGGACGGGGAAGAGAGGGAGAGCCGCUGUAUAGAUAUAUAUGAUAUAUGUAUGUAUGUGUAUGUAUAUAAGUAGAGCUUUAAUAUAAACGCCGGCGCGUGUCAGCCCGCGGGCCGUCCUACUAGUGUGCCUGUAACAUUCUUGUAAUACUUAUGACAAAUCAUUGAUAUAUCUGAAUACUGUUAUAUAAAUACAGAAAUGAAUUCAUUGUUGAGGGAUUUGCUAUUGUUAAGUUUGGUCAGCAGUCCAGCUCUAUGACGGACGAGCGACACGAACGAGUCCUUGUGUCGCGUGACGUCACGCCGGGUGACGUCACGUCACGCGAAGCAGAUGUAUGAACCGAGCCGUGCCAAUGUCUCGUACAGACCUGACUUGUUUGUAUAUUGUGAAAUUCGUUUAAAUGUAAUUAUAUUUUCCAAAUGAUGAGCUUACUAUCAGAGUUCACAUUAUUUUUAUAUUCGAAGGCACUCGAAUGCUUCACGUCGCCUUAUAAAGCCUUACAUGCAAUAAGAAACUAAGUCAAACGACGUUCUUUUUUAAGGAUAUAAAUUAAAUUAAUCAUGUUAUAUUGGUUUUGGAGAUGCUGUUUAUAAGUUUAUUGGAGUGAUAUUUUGUUGAUUGUAAUUAUUGAUGAGAACGUUGCGCUGAACCGCUCUCGCGCUCUCGAACCAUCUCGAACCAUCCGAGGGCAAAUCGAUCUAUUACAGUAUAUAUUGUAUUCCUUUACACCGUCUGUGGCGGCGACCGCUCCGACCGCUUCAUACGACAUACAACAAUAAUAACACUAUAUUAAACGUAUUAAUUUCAUAUUAUUUACACACACAGACAUCGUGGUCGGAACCGUCGACGCCACUUAAGACUAUUAGCUUGGAAGUAUUUGUCAGAUCGCCUAAUGAAUACUGUAGAAAUGAGAAUUGUAUAAAUAUUAUAAAUUUAAGAGAGAUAAAAAAAGUUAUUUUAAUUUUAUUAACAUUGCGAUGCGAAUGCUUAUUAUGUAAAUAUAAUAUCUUAGUGUAUAAAAUACUGAUAUAUUAGAAAUACAGGAAAAAUACAUAUUUA